UGUCCUUGCCGGAGCUAGCUCAGCAGCGUCCAUCAUCAUCCAGCUCCAUCUGGACUCCACACCAGAUUAAAACCCCUCGGCUGUGCGCGCACUGUCUUCUAAACAGCAAUGAUGUCUGACUUUACAGAGGAUCAGAUUUUGGAGUUCAAGGAGGCCUUUCUGUUGUUUGACCGCACGGGUGAGGGGAAAAUCACCUACAGCCAGUGUGGGGAUGUAAUGCGAGCCCUGGGACAGAACCCUGUCAAUGCUGAGGUGCUCAAAGUGCUGGGAAACCCCAAGUUAGAAGAGAUGAACCAUAAAAUGCUGGAUUUUGAGCAGUUCCUCCCCAUGCUUCAGGCCAUCGCUAAAAACAAAGACCAGGGUUCUUUUGAGGAUAUUGUUGAAGGCCUGCGUGUCUUUGACAAAGAGGGUAAUGGCACAGUGAUGGGAGCAGAGCUGCGUCAUGUCCUCACCACAUUAGGUGAAAAAAUGACAGAAGAAGAAGUAGAGACUCUUUUAGCAGGACAUGAGGAUGCCAACGGCUGCAUCAACUAUGAAGAACUUGUCCGGAUGGUGAUGAGCGGUUGAGGAUUUAGGAUACACACUUCACGCUUUAAUUUAAAUUAUGAAUAUGAUUCUUUUUUUCUUCUGUCUUGACCUCUCAUCCAUGUCACUUUACCUCCAACAAGUCUGUAUUUAUGUUACUGUAUUUAUUUAUUUAUUUAUUUUAAGUGCCUUUUUUGUCUAAUGUGAAGAAACUUUCAUUUUGUUCCAAACAUUUUUCAUCCUUGCAGGCACAAUCAGAAGUGACGGGUUCACCUUUGUCACCUGUCAGUCAUUCCCAGUCUUGUUUUCUUUGGAUGGAUAUGAUAAUGUCACAUUCUUCACUUAUAUGUAAUGAAUUAAAAAUAUAUGGUUUAUUA